CAACCGUCCCCUAUAUAUGCCCACCGUCAUCUAUAUCCCUCUUCAAUACCCUUCGAUUAACCCGAUCCCUCUACAACAACCUUUGAAUAUACAAACGAAUGGGUGAGGCAAAAGAAGCCGGCGAGAAGAAAGCCGAUGCUGGCGAGAAGAAAGCCGAUGCCGGCGAGAAGAAAGCCGAGGGUCCUGCCCCCGCUGUUUUUAAGAUCGACUUGCAUUGCGACGGUUGUGCAAAAAAAGUCAGGCGAUAUGUUCGAAAUUUUGAUGGUGUGGAAGAUGUGAAGGUAGACAGUGCGAGCAACAAAGUGACGGUGACCGGCAAAGCUGACCCGGUGAAGCUUCGAGAGAAGUUGGAGGAGAAGACAAAGAAGAAGGUUGAGCUCAUCUCUCCUGUUCCUAAGAAGGAGGCCAAGGAUGGCGGGGCUGAUAAGAAGUCGGACGACAAGUCCGAGAAGAAGUCCGAUGAGAAAAAGUCCGACGAGAAAAAGUCGGAUGAGAAGAAGGCGGACGAUAAAAAACCAAAAGAGACUCCGGUGAGUACAGUGGUUCUCAAGAUUCGGUUGCACUGUGAAGGAUGCAUCCAUAAAAUAAAGAAAAUCAUCUCGAAGAGCAAAGGGGUUAAAACGGUGACGGUAGAUUCGCAGAAGGAUCUGGUAACGGUCACAGGACCUAUGGACGUAACGGAGCUGAUACCGUACCUGAAGGAGAAGCUGAGGAGGACCGUUGAGAUCGUUUCACCAAAGAAAGACGACGCUGGCGGUGACAAGAAAGAAAAAGGCGGCGGCGGUGACAAGAAGGAAGGCGGAGGUGAGAAGAAGAAAGAGGGAGAUGGCAAAGCCGCCGGCGGAGAGAAGAAAGAGGGAGAUGGCAAAGCCCCCGGCGGAGAGAAGAAAGAGGGAGACGCCAAAGCCGCCUCCGGGGGAAAGCAGGAGGAGGGUGGUGUGAAGGUGGAGGUGAACAAAAUGGAGUACCACGGAUACGGCUAUGCGCCGCCUCCACAGUACUAUUACGGACCACCCAUGUACAAUCAUGGAUAUCCUGCCGAAGGUCCGAGCCAAUGGUACGAACCACCCAUGUACGGUCAGGGAUACAGCGGAGAGGGUCCGAGUCAUCAUGGUUAUGUAGUGGAGCACACGCCACCGCCUCAGAUAUUCAGCGACGAGAAUCCCAACGCAUGUUCCGUCAUGUGAAACCAGGUUCACAGAAGGAAGACAAUCAAGAAGCCCAGAGUUGUAAAUAAAGCAAAAGCUUAUAUAACAGGGAACUUUUUUUGUUUUUUUUUUUUCCUCCUGGAAAUUUCGUUUAGAAUAGAGUUGGCCUGUUGGAUACGCCGGCAGCCAGCCGGCCAAGGCGGUGUAGUUGCUAUUAGCAAGGUUGUUAAAUUACUUUGUUCUUUCCGGAACAUUUUUUGUGUUAUUUUACUAAUUUCUGAGCCCGUUCAUAUCUACGAAAUUAUAAAUGAUGCCAACUUUGUGGUUUACAAUGCAGCCACGUGGUUUCUUUUUAA